UAGUCACAGUCUUGAAUAUCAUUGUAACCCACUUAAAUACAUCAUUCUCGUACCUAGAUAUCCCCAUUGGUGCAGGUGGACACUUACUUACCAACGAUCUAAUUCAAAACAAUACCAACAAAGCCUUGCACACUAUGAACACCAUGUCAGCUAUUGGCGUCAAUCAUAAAGGUUUCAAUCAGCUCCUAUCAACACGCUUCUACACCCAAAUUGUGCGCACCCAACUGGAAUACGGUCUUGUCAUCAGCUCAUUUUCAUCAUCCCAAAUAAAGAAAAUCGAGGAAUGCCAAACAGAAUGUAUAAGACGAAUUUUUGGAGGAAAUUCCCGUUCAUCAACCAAGGUCAUGUUACAUCUGACCAACCUUCAAACACAACGCCAAGCUAACAAUUCGGUUCUCCUCUCUUCUUGUCGCCCUUUUCAUGGUGUGGAUCCAACUCUUUGGCUACCUAUGACUCCCGUGGAACGCAGUCGAGUUAUACGUUGGCGUCUCGGUUGGUUACCUGGUGGGGUUCCAAAACCGUGCAUACAUCACCCUAAUGUCAUGUUUACCCGCAAACACUCAAUAAUAUGCCUCACAUGCACCGUCGAUUACAAAUGCCUUCACAGUAAAUGACCCAGUAUCAUUUCUUCUCAUCAUGCUUCCAAUCAGAAAAACACGUAACAAACAAAAUCUUCAACGCUUCUCCAGCUGGAAAAUUCAAUGGCCCGCACUAUGUCAAAUCGUAUUCAAGCUUGAUUAUCUACAUCAUCAUAAGACCCCCUCAGAAACUCCCACUCUUGGUAACAAGUUAGUCCAGUGGCUCACUCAGGACUAAUCUAGUCCUUGAUUUACCCUCUUUUCCUCUUCCCUUCUCUACUGCCUUUUUCCUUUAUUGACUAUCAAAAAGGUUUUUUAGCACCCUUCUUCCCUUGUAUUUGAUCUGACCCGGGCAAUUCAAUCUCAUAAUGAUUAUGUGCUCAUGUGGGGUUAAAAUUAUUUGCCAAUAAAAAUCUUGUUUAAUCGUAUCGAUUACCAGUAAGGUUGAAGUGUACCCUGU